UGUAGUCUCUAGUAUAAAUGUAGUUUAAAUAAGCAUUCCUAAUCUGGAUAAAAUGAAAUUUAUCUUCCAGGUCAGUAGUCUCAGUUCAUUCACCUGCAGGAAUUUUCUUUGUUGCUUUGACUACAGCUUUCAAGCCCUUCUUUUUUAAGUUGAGAAGUGUGGCGCUUCAAAAUGCUAAAGGGAGCUAAAAAGUUUGUUGGUAAAUCCCUUCAGCCAGCACGACCUGUGCGUCAUUUGCCUUCAAAACAAGCAUCAACAAUUACUUUCGAGUUUCAGACUGAGUUACCUAGCGACAGUCAAGUAUGUUUGCAGAGUAAGGUUGACUGGUUAUCUGAAAUGCCUGAAAUGAAGAUCUUAACUCAAAACACGAUGCCUUGUCAACCAAACCAGCAUGAAUCAGAGGCAAAAAAAGAAAGGAUCAAAUACAGCAGAGAUUUCCUUCUGGAGCUGUCAAGUGUUUCACUCUCUCAGAAGAAGCCAGAGUUUCUCCCUGAUCAUCCAAUUGUACUUGAAAAGCCAGAAAACAGCAACCCUUUUGACAUAUGCAAGAAGUGACAAGUCGUUUGGAAGAUGAAAAAUCUGUCAGUGAAGGAGCUACAUACAAUGCAGAAAUUCAGGAUUCUUAAAGGUGCCUAGAGAUGAAAACGGGACCUUACAAAAUCUGUGGAAAUGCCUGUUUCUAUCUGUAAUUUCCAGAAUGCUCUAAAAGGCAAACUACUUUGUAGUACCUGAGAUGGUAAUACAGUUGCAGUGAAAAUAAAUUAUUUUACAUUUCGAUGUGACAAAAGUAUUUUCUGCAUUUGUGUUAUGUAGCUAUAUGGUUUGUCUGGCCAUAAACGUUAAACCGGUACUUGAAAGAGGCUACUUGCUUACUCCUGACUUCCUUUCUUACCGGUAAUAACGGAACAACAAAUACUGCAUCAAAUCUCAAAUGUGUCAGG